CUCUGAUGCCUGUCCUCCCCCCCCUCCGCCCCUCUCUAUCCAAUAUCAGGAAUAAGCCAACAAGGCCGGGUUUGGAGACACCGAGAAAACGCGAGGAAAAACUCAAUUUCCUUGUCUCCAUUUUAAAGACGUAGAUGGAAGGAGCCAUACAUCCGACGGAUACGUCGGCUUUCAGAGACUGCUUUUCGCUCGCAUGGCGGAAUCCUUAUGUCCUUCGCCUCGCCUUCUCCGCUGGAAUCGGUGGCCUUCUCUUCGGCUACGACACCGGAGUUAUAUCAGGGGCUCUGCUCUACAUUAGAGAUGACUUCAAGUCUGUGGAUAAGGAAACAGUUUUGCAGGAAAGCAUUGUGAGCAUGGCAGUUGCAGGAGCAAUCAUCGGCGCUGCUAUUGGUGGUUGGUUGAACGAUCGUUAUGGAAGAAGAACUGCAAUCCUAAUUGCCGAUUUUCUCUUCUUCAUUGGAGCUGUUAUCAUGGCUUCAGCUCCAAAUCCUGCUCUUCUCAUCCUUGGAAGAGUUUUCGUUGGACUUGGCGUUGGAAUGGCGUCAAUGACAUCGCCAUUGUACAUAUCAGAAGCUUCCCCAGCAAAAAUCCGAGGGGCCUUAGUCAGCACCAAUGGCUUCUUGAUCACUGGAGGCCAGUUCUUGUCAUACCUUAUCAACUUAGCCUUCACCAAGGCACGGGGAACGUGGAGAUGGAUGCUCGGAAUUGCUGGAGUUCCAGCUUUGCUGCAGUUCACACUGAUGCUGCUACUUCCGGAGUCUCCUCGUUGGCUAUACCGCAAGGGGAGAGAAGAAGAAGCAGAUGCCAUACUGAGGAAAAUAUACCCUGCAGAAGAUGUGGAAGCAGAGAUUGCGGCCCUUAAAGAAUCAGUCCAAGCAGAAAUUCAAGAAAAGGAAUCUUGCCAGAAGAUUAGCAUUGUCAAGCUACUCCAAACAAAAACAGUGAGAAGAGGACUCAUUGCCGGUGUCGGCCUCCAGGUCUUCCAGCAAUUUGUCGGCAUAAACACAGUUAUGUAUUACAGCCCCACAAUAGUUCAGUUGGCUGGUUUUGCAUCCAACCGAACUGCUCUCCUUCUUUCGCUCAUCACAUCUGGACUCAACGCUUGUGGCUCGAUUGUGAGCAUUUACUUUAUUGAUAGGACGGGAAGGAAGAAGCUUCUUGUCAUGAGCUUGUUUGGUGUUAUUAUCUCGCUCGGCCUUCUUUCAGCAGUCUUUCACCAGACUACAACAAACUCACCAGCUGUUAGCGCUUUGGAAACGUCUCAUUAUGCUGCAUACACCUGCCCGGAUUACAGUUCAGCAGGAACUUCUGCUCAUUGGGACUGUAUGAAAUGCUUGAAGGCUUCUUCUCCAGAUUGUGGAUUCUGUGCUUCACCAACUAACAAGCUGUUUCCCGGGGCUUGUCUGCUCUCCAACGAUACAGUGAAGGAUAAAUGUCGGGGGGAUGACAGGUUAUGGUACACAAGAGGAUGUCCAAGCAAGUAUGGAUGGCUUGCACUCAUCGGCUUAGCACUCUACAUCAUCUUCUUCUCUCCUGGGAUGGGAACUGUGCCAUGGAUUGUCAACUCGGAGAUAUACCCUUUAAGGUUCCGGGGGAUCUGUGGAGGCAUAGCUGCAACAUCAAACUGGAUUUCAAACCUCAUUGUUGCCCAGUCCUUCCUUUCCUUGACACAGGCAAUAGGGACUUCUUGGACAUUCCUUAUAUUUGGGGUGAUAUCUGUUUUAGCCCUCUUCUUUGUCCUAAUUUUCGUUCCAGAAACCAAAGGGCUUCCCAUCGAAGAGAUCGAGAAGAUGCUGGAGAUGAGAGCUCUGCAACUGAAGUUCUGGGAGAAGGGGCCUAAUGCACAGCAGAAGAAUCAAAAUGUGUGAACAAAACAUGAAGAUAUGUUGGUGCAUUGAAAAUAUUUCUGCCUAGCUCUAGGUUCCGUCUAUUUAUCUAAUAAUGCGUAUAUAUGUUGUAAGUACUUGACGCUUCAAUUUGUGGGAACAUGCACCCAUAAAUUCUUAAUUUUCUGAUCAGGAAGAAGCCAAUAGAUAUGAGUUGGAUUUGUUGAAACUUUUCGUACAUAGCACGACAUUGUUAUUGCAACAAUUAUGUGUAAUAGUUAGAAGUUUAGAAAUUUGUUUGUAUGUUCGUCUUAAAA